GAUGAAUCAUGAAUGUCCCUUAACCUUUGGUCAAAGGUCUGAACGAACAAAGAGGAACCAUAGACACUUUUCCCCAUUUGCUAUUGUUAAUUUGUUAUUGUUGACAUUGUUGUUGCUGUUCUCCCCCUCUCUCUCUCUGUCCCGUCCAUCCAUCUCUAAACUCUCUUCCCACAUGGAUUUCCCUCCUAUUCAUUUGUGUUCCUCUUUGUUUCUCUCUUUCCCCACCCCUAACCUAAAGCCUCUCUCAACAAAAAAAUAAAAAUUCUAUCAUCUCUCUUACCCUCAUGCAGCUUCAGUCACAUAAAAAUGAGCACAGACAAUAAGCUGACUCAAGAAUUAAUGAAAGUUGGCUCCUCAACAUGCAGCAUUUUUGGUCGCAGCUUAAACUCAAGGGGUAUAUGGUUUGGAGAUGACCCUCUCGACUUCUCUCUCCCUCUCUUGCUGUUGCAGCUCUCCCUCAUUUGCAUCUUCUCUCGUUCCCUUCACGCCCUUUUCAAGAAUAUUGACCAACCCUCCAUUGUUUCUCAGAUUGUUGCUGGUGUAAUUUUAGGUCCCUCAGUUCUUGGGCGCAGUGCAGCUUAUGCAGUCAAAGUUUUCCCACCUAAAGGGAAAAUUUUAGUGGACACCUUGGCAGUUUUUGGUCUCAUGCUAUUUGUGUUCCUACAUGGGGUGAAGACAGACCCAACUAUCUUUCUUAAAUCAGGCAAGAGGCCAUUGGCUAUAGGAAUUUUAGGCUUCUUUGUUCCUUAUGCACUGGCUGGACUAGUAGCCUUAGUCCUCAAUCAUUUUCUGUCAUUGGAUCAUGAUAUUUCCAAUGUGCUUCACCUUGUGGCAGUAUUACAGUCUCUGACUUCCUUCCCAGUUAUUGCUUGCUUUCUGGCUGAACUCAAGCUCCUCAAUUCAGAGCUUGGACGGCUGGCGUCAUGUUCUUCAAUUGUGUCUGAUAUGUGCCACUGGUUUAUUGUGGCAGUGAGGAUUGCUACAAGACUAACUAUUGCAAGGUCAUUGAGAUUCUCUCUCUCAACUAUCCUUCUUGUUAUAUUCUUUGUGGUUGGAAUCCGUCCAGCAGCUCUAUGGGCAAUUCGACAUACCCCUGAAGGGAAACCUGUAAAAGAGAUCUAUAUUUCUGUAGUCCUUAUAGCACUAUUGUUUUGUGGAUUUAUGGGUGAAGUUAUUGGCAUAAACGCUUUUAUCAGUUCUUUCGUAUUGGGCUUGUUCAUACCAGAUGGCCCUCCUUUAGGUGCUGCACUAGUAGAGAGGUUUGAUUGCUUUGUUUCAGUAUUGCUGAUGCCUAUAUUUUUCACCUCAUGUGGAUUAAAGGUGGAUAUUUUUGCCAUAAAAAAUUUUAAGAAUGUGGGAAUGAUUCAGUUGGUUGUUGUUGCUGCAUUAUUUGGGAAGAUGAUAGGGACAAUGUUGCCUCCUAUCUUGUGUAGGAUGCGACUCCGAGAUGCCCUCUCUCUUGGUAUUAUUAUGAACUCCAAAGGCAUUGCUGAACUUGCUAUAUUGAUUCGCUGGAAGGAACACAAUGUCAUAAAUGAAGAAUGCUUCACCAUUUUGAUAAUCUCUUUGCUGAUUGUAACUGGAGCUAUCACUCCCCUCACCAAUGCCCUAUAUGAUCCUUCAAAGAGGUUCCUUGCCUACAAAAGGAGGACUAUUUUACACCACAGGAGCAAUGAAGAGCUGCGCAUACUUGCUUGCAUCCAUACAACCGAUAAUGUCCAAGCAGUUUUGAACCUUCUUUCUGCUUCCAACCCCAGCAAAGAGAGCCCCAUCAAUUUAGCUGUUCUGCACCUAAUCAAGCUUGUUGGCCGUGCAUCCCCCCUACUCAUUGCUUGUGUGUCAAGGGAAAAUAAAUCUCAAUAUUCAACUCAAUCAGAACAAAUUUUCAAUGCAUUCAGAAAAUUUGAACAACAUUACUCUGGCCAUGUUAUAGUGCAUUGUUAUAAAGGCAUUUCCCCUUAUGCUACAAUGCACAAUGAUGUAUGCUCCCUAGCUCUUGAAAAGAGAACAACCUUCAUAGUCAUCCCUUUCCACAAGCAGUGGGUUAUUGGGGGAAGAGUAGAAUCCUCUAAUACUCUUAGGCACCUCAACAAUAAUGUGCUUGAUAAGGCUCCCUGCUCUGUUGGAGUCCUCAUUGACCGUGGGAAUCAGAGGAAACCUCGGUCCAUUCUUGGACAACCCUCAAUGUAUCGGGUGGCUGUGCUCUUCUUUGGGGGUGCAGAUGACCGAGAAGUACUAGCAUAUGCUGGACGCAUGUAUGAUGAUCAUAAUGUUCUAAUUACACUUCUACGUUUCUAUUCUUCAACUGAGAUUGUUGGAGGUACAGCUAGGAGCAAGAUACUUGAUACCGAAAUCUUGAGUCAAUUUAGGCUCAAUGCCUUUCGUAAUCAGCGAGUUUCUUACCAAGAGGAGAUGGUGAUGGAUGGAAAUGGUGUACUUGCUGUACUCAGGUCAAUGGAGAAUGCUUAUGACCUUGUUAUGGUUGGGAGACGUCAUCAGGAUUCGCAAUUGAUGUCAGACCUUGGGAAAUGGAGUGAGCAUGGUGAGUUGGGUGCAAUAGGAGAUAUACUCGCUGCCAAAGAUUUUAGGGGUGCAGCUUCAGUUUUGGUUGUGCAGCAACAGACCAAAUUGUGGGGGUUGAAUGACCCAGAGGAUUCCACGCAAUUGAGAAGAGCAAAUAUAUAAGAGUUUUUAGGAUUUUGAACAUGUUCAGUUAUAGAUAUAAUCAUAUAGACCUAGUGCAGGAUCUAAUUCACAGCCUCCAUCAUUCCAAGUUGUGUAUCCAAUUAUCUUCUUGAUCUUUUUCUC